CAGAACACUGCACGAGAUGUGAAACUCGAAGAAUUUCGUCGUCGUGGUGUGGCUGAUUCUGGGUCCAUGGGAUGCGAUGGAUUUGUGGACUACUGGAUUCGGUUGCAGUCUAGAUGGAUUUGAUUUUGGAGUGUCCAAUGCCCAAAAACGAAAACAAAGAAACCGUGGGGUGUCCCGCUCCCUCUCUCCCCGUUCGGAGCCAAGAAAAGCUCGGGAUUCCCUCCCUCUUUUCCUUCUUUUGGACUAUUACCCGUGUAUUCAUUCACUGUGAACAAUAAAGAAAGGUUGAUAUUCAACUUUCUCCUCACGUUCUUUCUCUUUUCUUUUCACAGCCUGGUGCUGGACAGUUUUACAUUUGCUACUUUUUUGUCACAGCAGGCCUGUCUUGCAUAUACACUCGACUUCUUGCUGGCUCAAGGAGGAGCUAACUACGGUUCGGUGGUUGAAGAUAUCUAAUCAGAGCGGAGGCAGGAUUUCUAGAUAUGGGAGGAUAUUCGAGACGUAGCAUUAGACGAUGGGUGGACGGCGUUCUACUACACGCCCGCAGUCAUGUCUCACGCGAUGAAGACGAAGGGUAUAAACUGGGCGACGGAGUGACUCUGAAAGCUGGUGACAACGAUAAUCUAUCGAUAAGAUCAGAAGAGGAAAUCGAAUUCGUCGAUGGUCCAGUUGAUGAUACCCAGUCAACAGAGUCGGCGUCAGUAGCAGGAUCAACGCCUACGGAGCCCGAGACAACAGCAGAACACCCAACCUUUACCCAACCUCUUCCGCCACCUGCCACUUUCACCAUCCGCACCGUAACCGCAUCCGCACAACCGCAGCCGCUAACAACACUCACGCCCAUCACACAUUCAGCCAGACCUCUACCCACGACGACGACAAGAGACAAGGAUGACGAUCCGGAGAAGACAAAGGAUAGGGAUAGGGAUAGGGAUGGGAAGCAUGAGAAGACGGACUCAGCCUCCGUCACAGAUGGAUUCACGACCGUUACGAUGUCUCUUAAUAGCACUAUCGCCAUAACAACACCGACACCCACCGCCGUCUUCGCCAGCGUUACGUCCAGCGUGUUGAUUUCAGCCACGGCGAGCCCAGCUAUCAACAACGCAGCUGCUCUACAAGGAGCACAACAGAAGGGGACCAGUAGCGGGCACAUGUCUGGAGGUGCAAAGGCUGGCAUCGCCAUUGGCGUCGCUGCCGGCGUGUCCAUGCUCGCAAUCGUCCUCUUUUGGCUCAUCAAAUGCUUCUGUUCACGCAAAUCCGAAGCAGAUACCGAGUCUUCCAUCCGCGCUUUUCUCUCGGGCGGAAAAUCCGGUCCCGGUGACGGUGGCCUGCCACCCCCAGCCACUGCCGCAGGCGCAGGCGCAGGCCAGCUCUCGUCCAACAUUGACCCGCGCAGCAACUCUCAGAUCCUCGACGAGCUGAUCGCCGCUUCGUACGCCCACCAAAACGGUCAAGACAGCAGCAUCCCCAACGGCUACGUCCUCUCCGAUGAGAAGCAAGCCGACGGCGCCUACCCCGUCACCAUCAUCCAGCCCGCGCCUACCCACCAGCCCGAACUCCGCAAGUCCGUCGCCAGCUGGCUGCGCAAACACCACCCCCUAAAGUUGAACCCGCUUUCCAUCAGAGGCAGCACCUUCUCGGCCUUUAGCAGCCGGCGCGCCUCAUCAGCCUACGGCAGCUCCCAACAAGGAGGAGGAGGAGGGGGAGGAGGAAGGGAAGCACGUGACUCUUUGGUUUCUGAUUAUCCUUCUCCUACCUCUUACGACCCGGAUGCUCCCCCGCUGCCGGAAAUCCCCGCUACGUAUUUCAACGAGAUCCCGAAGCCACUGAGUCCGAUGCCCAAGAAGCUGCCGACUGCGGCGGCGAAUAUGAAGGCCAUGAAGUUCCAGAGCGUGUGGUCGGAUAGUAGUGCGGGGACGGAUAUGGACCGGUCGAGGAUGACGGUGUCGACGGAGGGGAAUGAGUCCUUGUUUAACUUGUAUGAGGGCGGUGAUGGCCAGGUCAGGGUCCCGUCGCAGGUAGUGACUUCGUUGUCGCCGCCGCCGCCGCCGCAUUUGAUGAAUAAGGAUCAGGACCAGGGAAAGGAUCAGGGUCAGAGCCAAGUUCAGGACCAGAGGGCGAGUUCGCCUACUUUGCGGCCGUAGAUGGCGGUAAUUAGACGGAAGGGAUGUGACCGAGUGUGAGAUUCUGUCAGGACAGGCCUGUUUGUGUGCGAUAAGUGUGUCCAGUAGGGCUAGAGUUUGGAUGGAUUUGGCAUAGAGGGAGAGCUUAGUGGUCUUGUAAUACUGUUCCUGUUAACCAACCAAAGAAAUUGUUUGUACCUCCC